GAGAAGUGGGGGCGGAGCCACGUGCAGGUUCGCGACCAGAGGAACUGGGGAAAAUAGGUGGGGCGCAGCUAAAUCGAGAAACAGAAACCGAGACCGAGUGAAGAGUAGCGGUGGGAGGCAGAGCAGGGGCAAGAGGAAAGAAGUGUGGGGCGAGGUUAAGGGGAGAGACCAUGAGCCCGGGCGAAACCAGGAGUAGGGGCGUGGCCAGGAGCAACAGGAGGGGCGAGACCUGGAGUAGUAGCAGAGGCGGGGUCCAGAAGUGUAGUAGAUGCAGGGCCUGGGGCAGGGCCGAGUUCUGGAGCAGAGGCGGAGCCAGGAACAAAAGCAAGGGUGGAGCCUGGAGCAAGAGCAGUAGAGGAGAGAGGAGCAAAAGUAGGAGUGGAGCGUCUGAGCAGAGGCGGGGCCAGGAGCAGGGACUGGACGAAGCACCGGAGCGAGGCGGGAACUCAGAAGGCGCCUACCAAGAACAGUCUUGCAGGCUGGUGACCUCCGCAUUCUCCAGGUUGAAGCCACGUUAUUCACUGCCCCGAGAUGUCCCCUGCUGGCCCUGCGUGGCCGAGGCUCCGAGUCCUGCAGGCGCUGUGGGCACUGCUGGUGGUGCUGUUGGCACCGUGGAGGUUGUGGGCGAUAAAGAAUACCCAGGAGUGCACCUGGCAAGUUGUCCUGAACAACUUUGAGACAGUAGGCAAGAAGGACGCGAGCGAUCGUUUCGUCGAUCAAGAGCCCUUGUACACAGUGGACAAAGUGUUCAGCCUGCUAGUGGACGCGCCCAUCGACCCGGACGAGACAUACCUGGGCUUUCCUUACUACCUGAAGAUCAACUACUCCUGCAAGGGAGAGUCCUCUGAGGCCCUGGUCCGCAAGGGCCACCUGACGGGGCUGAAGCCGGUGGUGCUGGUCACCUUCCAGUCCCCAGUCAACUUCCAUCGCUGGAAGAUAGAGCAGCUACAGAUCCAGAUGGAGGCAGCCCCCUUCCGCAGCAGAGAGAGGUGUAAUGCAGAGGAAGUGUGUCUCAUGAGCUGGUACACACCCAUGCCCAUCAAGAACGGCAGCGUGGUCAUGCGCGUGGACGUUAGCAGCAACGGCCUGGGGCCCUUCAUUCCCAAUAAAAGGUUUCAGGUGAAUAUCAACGGCUUCCUGGAGAGACAGCGAGACAACACACUCCAAUUCACUGUGGGAAAUGAGCUCUUCAAUCUGAUACCCCGGUACUUUGUGAAUGUCCCGUCGAGGCCCUUGUGGUACACUGUGGACCAGGCACCUGUGUUCAUCCUGGGCGGCAUCCCUGAGGAGAAGGCCAUCCUGCUGACUGACACAAACUUCAAGGACUUCUUUCUCGUGGAGUUGAGCAUUGACAGUUGCUGGGUAGGCUCCUUCUACUGCCCCCAGACCAGCUUCACUGCUACCAUCUAUGAUGCCAUCGCCACCGAGAGCACCCUCUUCAUUCGGCAGAACCAGCUCAUCUACUAUUUCACGGGCACCUAUACCACACUCCAUGAAAGCAACCGUGGCAGCGAGAGAUGGGUCCGUGUCCUGGCUAACGAGUGCAUCAAGAAGUUGUGCCCUGUACAUUUCCAUAGCAAUGGCUCCGAGUAUGUCAUGGCCCUCACCACUGGCAAGCACGAAGGUUACGUCCACUUUGGGACCAUCACGGAUGGCCGCGUGUCCUUCGAGUUGCUGCCCAGGCAGCGGUCCGUGUGCAAUGGGAUACUAGUUGUCAACUGCUCCAUAACCUGGGCCGUAUUCAUUGCUGGUGACUACAAUCUACUGCUGCUGGUGGAGAUCGAAGACCCCUCCACCAGGAAGUAUUUCCAGGUGGUCAGCUAUGACCUGGUCAGUGAUUACCUGGUUGUCCUCUACACCAUCCCGGAAUUCAUCCCUGACGCUCGAGGCCUGGAGUUCCUGAUGGUCCUAGGGACAGAGUCUUACACCAACUUCCCGAUGGUACCCAAGGGCAUGUCCUACAACCCGUAUAACAACCUGCUGUUCAUCUGGGGCAACUUCCUCCUGCAGAGCUAUAACAGUGAAGACUUCAUCUACCUGGCGGACUUCCCCAAGGAGCUGUCCAUCAAGUACCUGGUCAACUCGUUCUAUGGGGACACGGCUAUUGUCACAGAGACUGAGGAGAUCUGGUACCUCCUGGAGGGUAGCUACCAGGUGUACAAGCUGUUCCCAUCCAAGGGCUGGGAGGUGCACGUCAGCCUACAGGUGAUGCAGCAGUCCUCUCUCUACGCCCCCAAUGAGACCAUGGUCACCCUCUUCUACGAAGACCACAGACUAUACCAGCUGGUGUACCUUAUAGACAACCAGCAGGGCAGGCUCGUCAAGAGGCUUGUGCCUGUGGGGCAGCUUCUGAUGUACCAGCAGGUCAGCAACGACUACCUCUUGGAGCGGCAAGGGAGCCACCUGACGCUCUCCUUCACCAACUUCUGCCCCUUCACGGUGAUGCGUCUGCGGGACCUGCCCAACCCGCAGAUCUACACGCGCCAGGAGCGCUACCGGGCGCAGCCGCCGCGUGUCUUGGAGCCCGGGGGCUUCCACAGCGACAACUCGCUCGCUGUCUAUCAGGGCCUCGUCUACUACCUGCUUUGGCUGCACUCGAAGUACGACAAGCCAUAUGCGGACCCGGUGCACGACCCCACCUGGCGCUGGUGGAAGAACAAGAAGCAGGACCAGGAUUACUACUUCUACCUGGCCAGCAACUGGCGGAGCGCUGGCAGUGUGCACGUUGACAUGGCCAGCUACGAAAAGAUCUACGACCUUAAGGCUGAGAACGAGCUGCCCGAGCGCAUCUUCCUGGACAAGGGCACCAGCUACCGCUUCUCGGUCUUCCUGACGGCCCGGGAGCCGGAGCCCCUGCACGGCCCCUCCUUCCAGGUGCAGAGCAAGGUGGGCCUGGCUGUGGUGCUGGCCGACCCGGAAUGCAUCGAGGCGGUGGUGAAGGAGAAGGUCCUUGUUAAUCGCAACUCGGUGCUUUUCUGGGUUACGCUCAGUGAUAAAAGGUUUUGCUUUGAUCAGGGCAUUAGUGGACAUCACCUCAUGAAAACCUCCAUGCUCCUCAAGGUGGCGGGCUCGUCCGGGCACUGCUUCCAGAACACGCACCAGGGGCCCCGCAUGCAAGGCAACCUGAUGGUGCCAGUACUUAUCGGCUGCCCCCCAGGCAAGCGCCUUGCCUUUGACAUCACCUACACGCUGGAGUACAACCGCCUGCAGAACAAACACUACUUUGACUGCGUGCACGUCGACCCCGAGAUGCCCUGUUUCCUCUUCCGCGACAUCUUCUACCCAUUCUUCUUGAUCCAAGAUUUGGUGACGGGAGAUUCUGGCAGUUUUCAGGGCAGCUACGUGCUGAAGGUGGUGGGCGGCGGGCCCACCCAGGACACCAUCAAGGAAUACAGCGAGGAGGAUAUCUACCGCUUCAACAGCCCCCUGGACAAGACUGGCAGCCUCAUCUGGACCACAAGAAACACAACGACCACCGAGGACUCAGCCUUCAACAUUUUGUCCCACAGCAGUUUGGGCAUUGAGUGGCUCUGUAUGGAGAACUCCCCAUGCCAUGACACCAUUCCACACAGCAUCUUUGCCUCCGAGUUCUUCUUCAAGGUGUUGGUGAGCAAUAGAGGUGUGGACAAGAGCACGUACUGCGACUACCAGCUCACCUUCCAGCUGCACAUCCACGGGCUCCCACUCAGUGCCAGGCGGGCCUUCCUCAUCCUCACGGUGUCAGCCAGCCUGUUUGUUGGUCUGGUGAUCCUCUACGUCAUCUCCUGCCUCCUGUCGCCCUAUGUGGUGAAGGUCUGCAACGUCCUCUGCUGGAAGAUCAACAACAUCAUCGCCUGGGAAUCUUACAUCUACAGUAUCGCCUCCGACACCAGGGCCUUCAGCAACACCUCUGGGACCAAAUCUGGGGAGAGCUCUGGGGGCAUCUCCAGAGUUGUCUCCAUGGUGGCAGGGGAGAACAAGACUGACACUAAGGAAACCUUGAGGAAGAAGCCAAUAUCCUGAGCCUCUUACCUGCCCCAACUGCCACCCACCCUCAUCCCUCGUUUCCUGGGCCACUUUGAACAUGCAACCUGUCGCUCGCUCAUCCCAGGCCUUUCUCCCUGUUUUGCUUGAAUUUUCACUUCGCAUUUCAACACCAGCUGUGGGACCUUGUAAGGACUCAUGUUCAAUUAGUUUGUACCACUCAGCCACAUAAGUUAUAAAAUAUCAAAAUCCUUCUGUGCCAAA